AUGUCUAUAACCGAGGGGCCUGUUAAUGUUCACAAGAAGGGACUAACUUCGGCAGUUUAUGAUGUCCAUGGACGCCGUAUAGUUACUGGUGGAUCAGAUGGGAAAAUCAAAAUCUUCGAGUCACUUGAUGACGCUUGUCCAGUGGAACACAUCGUUGGAGAAAAAAUCAAUGCUAUUGCUUGCCGAUAUGAAAACGUCAUUGUUGCUACUGAGGGAACUUACGUCCACAUUCUUCAGAUGGAAGAUGGUCUUCCUGAUGGUGUGGCUACCCGUUUUACUGCAGAAGUCAACCAUUUAGCCAUGAACAAAGACCUUAGUAAGAUAGCUCUAUGCAGUAGUGAUUUCUCAGUCAAGGUUGUGGAUCUUUCCGGUCAUGAUAAUGACCGGGAAUUGGUUUUCAAGGGACAUCAAGGAGCUGUUCUGAGUGUGGCUUUUGAUCCUCUCGAUGUAUUCGUAGCCUCUGCUUCAUGCGAUGGCAGUGUCCGUCUCUGGGAUUUAAUAAUUGGGGAGGAAAAAAAGUGCAUUUAUACACUUGCGAAAUGUAAUGAUCCUCUCUUUGCUCCAAGUUCCUGUAGAUUAUGCUGGGAGAGCACAGUUGGGAAGUUUUUACUCGUGCCGGUUGAUAAAGAAAUCAAAAUGUUUGAACGAGUGUGCUGGAGUUUGCUUUGCUCCCUAUCCUGCCCUUCAGUCACUCGUGCAUACAAUAUAUGCGCUUCUUCACGGGAUGGCAAUCUUAUUUCAGGUGGAUCAUUAGAUGGGUGGAUUAUUGUUUGGCGUGUUGAAGACAGACAAGCAAUUCAUCGUAUUCGUGAUCCGUCUCAUAGUCGGAUUUGUAGCUUAUUUUGGCAUCCUCUUGACAAAAAUCUUCUAUUCGCGAACGAAAAUGGAUCUGUGGGACUUGUUCACUCUCCAGACCAUCAGCCUUCUAGAGAUUCAUUGUCUCCAAAUAGAAUAGCUCAGUUAAUGGGUUGUGAUGAAGAUGGUGAUACUGCCGAUCUUUUAAGUGCUGCUGCAGCUCAGGCGGAAUCUAGCAGACUUUUAGGUGACGACGAUGUCAUCCCCCACUCAAACGAGGAUGAUAGUAAUUCUGAUUCCAUUGAUCUAUCUCGAAUCAAGUCCGAUUACAUGUCACUCAAUGAUGAAGCUGAGGUGAAACAAACCCCUGCAAAAAUAGAAACCAAAGCUACUGUUCUUACUACAGAAGAUAAUAUAUGUCCAAAAAAGGAUAACGUCACAAUACGACCUUUGCAGAAGGCUUUCCAGUCAGGUGCAACACCACUUGGUUUUCGCGAACGUUUCAUGGUAUGGAAUAGAAUCGGUAUCGUGACACAGUUCAGGGAUACUGCUGAAUAUCAGUCAGAGGAUGAUGCAUCGAAUCAGUUUUCUGGAGGAAGUAUAGAAGUAGAAUUUCAUGAUAAUAGUUUACAUCAUAGUUUGCGGUUAUCCAAUAGUUCGGGUUAUUCUAUGGCGGAUCUAAGUUUAACUGCCUUGUUGCUAGCAUCUAAAGUAUGUUGUUCACUUAGGGAUGGAUUUCAUUAUUAUCAUUAUUAUUUCUGA